GCCGCAAGUUGACAGAUGUGCAUGAGGAGGUGCCUGGUCGGCCUCACCUUUUGCACCAGCUACCUGGCUUUUUACCUCACGAACAAGUUUGUCCUGUCUGUCUUGAAAUUUACCUACCCUACAUUGUUUCAAGGGUGGCAGAUGUUAAUUGGUGGACUUUUGCUUCGUGUGUCAUGGAAACUGGGCUGGGUGGAGCUCAACAGCAGUUCAAGAUCUGAUAUUUUGACCUGGCUUCCUGCUUCGGUGCUGUUUGUGGGCAUAAUCUAUGCUGGCUCCAGAGCAUUGUCCAGGCUGGCCAUUCCUGUGUUUCUCACAUUGCAUAAUGCAGCUGAAGUUAUCAUCUGUGGGCACCAGAAGUGUUUUUGGAAAGAGAAAACGUCUUCUACAAAGAUCUGUAGUGCCCUCUUCCUCCUGGCCGCUGCAGGAUGCCUUCCCUUCAAUGACUCCCAGUUUGAUCCAGAUGGAUAUUUCUGGGCUGUAAUUCACUUAUUCUGCGUAGGGGCUUAUAGGAUACUCCGGAAGUCCCAGAAACCCAAUGCAUUAAGUGAUAUUGACCAGCAGUACUUAAACUAUAUAUUCAGUGUGGCGCUCCUCGCCUUUGCAUCUCAUCCCACAGGUGAUCUCCUCAGCGUCCUGGACUUUCCGUUCCUGUAUUUCUACAGAUUCCAUGGCAGCUGCUGCGCCAGUGGAUUUUUAGGAUUCCUUCUCAUGUUCAGCACAGUGAAGCUGAAGAGCCUUGUGGCCCCAGGGCAGUAUGCAGCCUGGACUUUCUUUGCUAAGAUGAUCACAGCUGGUUUAUCAAUAUUGCUGUUUGAUAUGAUCCUGACCACUGCAACCGUGGGAUGCCUCCUGCUCGGUGGACUUGGAGAGGCCUUGCUGGUUUUCUCCGAGCGGAAGGGCACCUAAAGAUGACCACAGGAAAACAGACUCAGCAGCCACCAGCUGGAAAAGACAGUCCUCUGGCCGCGGAGGUCCUUGCUCAGUGUGUUAGAGAGAAGAAAGCGAGGACGGUGAGGCUACCGCGUCUCGCUGCGUCAAGAGCUCUUUCUGGGGGUCUCCGCGCUGCUGCAGGGAAUGGGCUGUGCUGUGUCUUCCUCUUCGAGACGUUCACCUGAGUCGUGCUAUUUUCAGUUUGCAGACAGAGGGACCAGAUUUCCCCUGUGCGGGGGUUGGCUCCGCUCGCCUUAACUGACAUGCAGGCCUCCUUAUUAAACGCCCUUCACCAAACACUGCUCUCGCUCCGUGGGCCCAAGGGAUUUUGUUGCAUUUUUGGUUUCAUUUUGUGUUUUUACAUCUUUGGAGCCUCCUGAGGACGUCUUUCCUCACUCUCAUGCUGCCUGAUCUAGAGCCCUCUCUCACCCACGCACAAGAACUCCUCACGAGGGUUUCGCGUGGGCAGAGGGGGAGCUCUGGGCCGAGUAACAAGCCGGCAGGACACUAGUACUCUAGAGCGAGUGCCGGAGCCUUUUUGUGGUUUUGUGUUGUAUGAAAUUCUGCACACUUUUUUUUUUUUCUCCUCACCAUUCAGUUAACUUGAUACUAAAUGAUCACCAGAGAACAGAGUUAUAAGCACUGAUGGAUGUCCUCCCUGGGGAGGUGAAAAAAAGAAACAGACAUUUAACAUAUGGAUACACACACAUUUAUAUCCCUAUUCCUUCAAACUUUUAAUCCAUUUAAUUCCCAGUAUCUUAGAGUAGAUUUCAAAUCGUUGAAUACUGAAGUAUAUUUUUCAGGCCAAUUAAAAGUUGGAUUAAAACUCUAAACCUUGCCUCUAUAGGAGUCAAAAGAAGUUAAUUUAAAUGAAAUGGUUAUUUGAUUCUGAAGUCACAGUGAAAAUUUAAGAAAAUAAUGUUUAACUCCAAAUAUUUCUGUUCAGAGUAGGUUUUUUGAAUACCUCUAUGCUCUGCCGGGGGUCAGUUUUGGUCAUUUUGAGAUGUAGAAGGUAGUGAAGUCCAGUGAGUCUUCUCCAGGCAGGAGACCAGGCCCUGGAGGGUGGGACACCCACCACCCACAUUGUCGAUGGCGAGCCCCCCUCAGCACCUGGGAAGUGAGCCUUGUCCAUUCUCAGCCCCAUGAAGAACAGAGUCGGCUCAGUCAGUGGCCAUUCUUUCUGCAUGUUUUCUCCAACAUGUUGAGAAAAGAAAAAGAAAAGAAAACAUAGGAAUGGACUUGUAUAUUUGGAAUUUGAGUACCUUAAAUUCAUUUCCUGGUCUUUUCCUGGUCUCUGCUUGUCAUUUAGGUGAAGAUCUUCAGAGUGACCUUAACACACAGGUAGUUUCAGUUUCCUUUGUUCUUACCUGGGAUGCCAAACUUUCUAUAGAUUGAGGUCAAACAGAAAAUCCGGGUUUAGAAUUUUCCUUAUUCUUUGACUCCCACGAAACUCUCUCUGUAUAACUGAGGCCAGUUCUUUUCCAUCUGUGGAAAGUGGCAUCUGUCCAAAUGUCAUCUUACACCUGUCUUUCCAAGUGGCAUUUAUGCUACAGAGAUUCCUAAGGCUGGAAAGAACCUCGUACAGUUAACAAGCUCAGGCCCCUCUUUCCAGCAGGACUGACCUCAAACACUUUGGCUGAAAAGUUGUAGACAUUUUUUUAAGAAAGAAUCUCUAGCAAGGGUUUUUGCUGUUGUUUUUGUUUGUUUGAGUUUUUAAAAAUCAUGUUCCAGAAUCCCAUUGUUUCUAAAAAUCUCUGAUUUCUUACUUUGACAUCAGCAAGAGGCAGUGGAUAAAGUGUUUCUUCAGUAUUUCAUCCUGUUUCCUUCAACUUCUAUGUCUUUUUGACUUUUUUCUUCAAGCUUCAACCACCACUUUUUAUGCCCAAGUUCACAUGCUCAGCUCUGAAUGCAGAGUGAGCCCAGAGGUCUAUAAAACUAGGGGCUGGCCCAGGUCAUUGCAGUCCCAUAGCUCUCAUUUUCUGUAGCUCUCUGGACCCCAGGGCCCCUCCAGAUAAUCCUAGCAUUUCCUUUUACCUGGAAUGAUCCAUUUGGUCAUGUCCUCUCUGGGUCCUGAUUACCUGAGGACUUGUUGGCUGCAAGUCAAAGUGAUUUUUUAAAUUAUACAAAUAAAGAAUAUGCUUUCUGUCAAGAGAG